AUGUACAAGGUGAAAUUUAUUCUAGGAAGUUCAAUUGAUGAGUUGAAGGUAGAUUGUGAUUGCAAGUUAUUUAAACGGAUAGGAAUAUUAUGUUCCCAUGCGAUUUGUGUCAUGAGUGCAAGACAAAUAACACAAAUCCCAAAGCAAUAUGUUUUAGAUCGUUGGACGAAGCUAGCAUUAAAGAAGCCUAUUUUUGAUUUGCAUGGGAAUCUGAUUGAAGAUAGCAAAAAGUGUGACAACGUGGGGAAGUUAUUGGGGGAAGUUUGGUGUGAAAUUUUCAAUUGUGUAGGUUUAGCUCAAAGGAGUGAGAGUGAUUUACAAUCACUUUUACAAAACCUAAAAGAUAUUAGUAGAAAAUUGGAGGAAAGUGAUGAUGUAAGGGUGGACAUUACUAAAGAGCAACAAAUCGAAUUAUUAGUAGGCACAAGUUCAUCUUCGACAAUGGAAAUACAAAAUCCAAUCCAAUCAAAGAACAAAGGAAGAAGGAAAAGAAUAAUUGAGGAAAAGGAACAAACUAUUGAGCAAAGCAAGAAGCCCAAAAGAAAGUGCAAACCUUGUGGUAAAUUUGAUUAUCAUGAUAGUCGAAAUUGCUCAUCAACAAAAGAUACCCCACUUAAGAUAUAUGAAGAGAUUAUUAAGAAGUUUGAAAGUUUUGAAUACACUAUUCUGUUGAAGAGAUAG